AUGUUUUGUUUUGCUGUCCGCUCUCAAGGACCUGCCUCGUCCCAACUGCACCGUUCCUUUCCUCCUUUCCAGCGGCACCUGCGAUUUGACCAGGUUUCCGGCAUUGAUGUUUCCGCCUUUGCCCCUUGUGGCUUGUUGCUGGGUGACCUUUCCACCGAGUGGCGCCCGGGCCUUUUUAGUGGUAUCAGAGUGGGUGAGGCACUUAACCCUGGCCCAGUCCGCAACCGCACUUUGCAUGAUUACUUUUGCCCUCAGCAGCCAAAGGCUGGUGCAGAGCCUCCCCGUGAUACCUGCGUUUUCGCUGUUGUCAACCCCACAAGUGUGUUGCACAAGGUGCCUGCCUUUCUCGCCACCGAGGCCGAUUUCCUUGCAAUGUCGGAGACCUCUGCUGUUGAAAGGGUCCAAGGACUUACCGGAAACGGGUUUCGUAAACAUGGAUUCAAAGUCCACUGGGGCGCUCCGGUGCCCAGUCAUACUAGAGUCGAGUGUGAACAACCGACCCUGCGGGGCCUUGCUGCCGGUGUGGGCCUUGCUGCCCGGCUCCCUUCUCGUGCAUCGCAGCCUCCUCUUCCUGAGGAGGUCCGCUCCACGUGUCGCCUUGCUGAGGCCUUCAUCCGAUUGGGUGCAUUGGAGGUUCGGGUCCUCACGAUUUACGGGUUCCCUUUGUCUGACCAGGACGCUAAAGAGCGCACAAACCAGCUGCUACAUACCGCCUUCGACAGGGCAUCCCAGAAUGCCGUGGCGAUUUCAAUGUCCGCCCUUUUGAAGUGCCGGCCGGACAAGCCUUUCAACAACAAGGGUACCAGGAUGUUUUCGACUUGCACCUGGGACGCCACGGUCAGCCGUUGCCUCCUACCUGUAAGGGCAGUACACGCCACGACACUGCACUGCUCCACCCUGCAGUGGUACGCCUCUGGCAUUCUGCAUGGGUCCUCAAUGAGGCUCAGUUGUUCGACUCCCAUGACCCCCUCUGCUUCCGCUUGCACCUGUGCGGCCAACGGCCCUGUACACAAGUUUGGCGUCUCCCCCGACCUUUGGCCGAGCUGGGAGUACAAAAGAAGGAAUUUGCCACUGCCUUCCAGCAGCAUGCAAGCGCUCUUCGCCGCCAGGCGGCCGAAGCCUCAGCCGAUGCUGCACUCCAAGCACAAUGGCGAGCCGCCUCUUCUGAAGCGCGAAACAGCAUGCCUGCUGCGGCCCGACUGGCAGGGCGGCUAUAACCCGGAUGUGGAAGUUACGUCUGUUCUUUGCCGACUGCGGGUCCGCCAGGUGCGUCGCCUGCUGACGUUCCAAAGAGGCCUCGCGAAGCUACGGGCCGGUGCUGUGGUGUCUAACCAACGACAUGAACACCAACUUCUCCAGGAAUGGCGUGCGAUCGUGCAGGCCAAAGGGUACCCACCUGAUUUUCCGAAGUGGGUGCUCCAGGUUGCGUGCUUCCACCAUUUCCCGUGCCACUUCCCCCCGACUGAGUGGCUGGAUGACUUGCUCUCAUAUGUGAGAUAUGACUGUGAUUGUCUUGCCAGACAGGAAGCUAAGCGUCGGAAAGACACCUUCUUGGCACAGGUGAGUGUGGAUGUGGAGGUUGGCCAUUCCAAGCAAGGCUUCAAGGCCAUUCGCGCAGCUGCAAACCCGCCGUUUACGGAGGUGCCCUGCCUGGUUCGGUCUGCCGCAGCAACCUGCCCGACCUCCCCUGCUGCACCUCCGGUGGGGGUCUGGUAUCAAGUCCGCCCAGAUGCAUUGUUCCGUGCGGGCUGCCCGGCUAAACUUAGCGACCAGGACUGUCACAUUGUGGAGGUGGGCCCGUCCUCAGUUUGUGUUGACGGGGACUCGCUGCCCGCGGCCGGUCACCUUCAGCAGCAAUAUGUUGCGUGUACGUCCGAGGAGCUGCACAGCGCCUUCGCUGAUUUCUGGGGCCCGCUCUGGCAAAGGGACGGUGGCCAGGCCCAGUACUCCCUCGACAGUUGGCCCCAGCUCCAGUCAAUUGUGGCGGCCAUCAACAGAAUGUCCCGGCACAAGGCUACAGGAAUUUGUGGCUGGGCCCCGUCCGACCUCAAGCUGCUGCCCCCGGAAGCAGUCGACCUGCUGUUGCCUGCCCUGUGGGUAUUCACCCAGCCCGAUUACCGUGUUCAGUACUCUGUACCGCAUUUGGGCGUCCGUCGGUCCAUGCCGGGUCGCUCUAGCCGUGAUGUCUCCUACCGGCAGCAGCAUCUGAUUGAGAAAUCUCUUGUCGGUGCCACGGCCCGCCUGGGCUUUUCGCUGGACAUUGUGAAGUGUUUCAACCAGCUGGGCUGGCCACCACUGCAGCUGAUUCUUCAACGCAUGGGUGCCCCGACUGAGUUGGUCGACUUCUGCUAUGUGGAUAACUGGAGCUGGUCUGGCACAGACCGCAAGGUUUUGCUCCGAACUAUCCCCCGGGCGGUCUGUUUCCUGCAAAGCCAAGCACUGCCAAUCGACUGGUCAAAGUCCUAUACUUGGGCGACCAACAACUCCGGUCGCAAGUGGUGGGGUAAAGUUGGUGAGCAGCUGUUUCCUCCAGGUGCCAAGGUCAAAUGUGUUUCGGAAGUUCGUGACCUGGGUGUUGCUUUCAAGUACGAUGGCCUUGCCCAUGCAGGGUCCAGGAGUGCACGUCUUCAAGAUGGCCUUGAAAGAUUGGACCGCCUCCGACACCAGCCCAGAAGCCCCUCGCUGAAAGCUUCCAUGAUCCAGCGUGGUGUGUGGGCAGCUUGUCUUUACGGGGCAGAGGGCCACUGUUUUACCAAGGCGGAGUACCAGCUCCUCCGGGGCCGUGCCGCCCGGCCAUUGUUGGAUCCUCAGCUGUACUGCCUUGACCAGCAACUCCAACAGCUGCGCCGUACCUGCCGUGCUGACCCGGAUCUUGCCUUUUCUGUUCUUGAGCUCGCCUCGCAAGACCGGCAGCCCAAGGGCUAUCAGGGACCCGCGAGUGCUUUGCGCAAGGCACUAGACCGCGUCGGCCUGACGCUGACCAGCGCCGGCAUACUUAAGGGGAGUGACAAUUCUUGGGCGGAUGUUACCUGUUGCCGGGCCUCGGAGAUCAGGGAGUUGCUCCAGCGCUCCUGGGUUGGCUACGUUCAACAGCAGGUGGCACAUCGCAAUGGCCUUGCUGCUGCGCCGGAGAUAUAUACCGCUGGAACGGCACAGCUUUUCGGCCGUUUGUCGCCCUCGGAACAGAUGGUUAUCGCCAGGCACGUCACAGGUGCGUUUUCUUCUGCUGCCGCCAAAAACAAGUGGCAGGUGGAUAUUGCCGAAACCUGCCCCUUUUGUGGUGCUCGCCAGACCAAGGCCCACAAAUUUCUCUCCUGCCCCGCGUUCCACCAUGUGCGUGCUGAGUUUUCGGCCGAACUUGAGUAUGUGGCGGAGCACCGCCCUUCCUGGAUACACGCGCCCUAUGCGUCUCUGCCACCAGACCUCGAGAUUGUGCGACUGGUCUUUGCUACCAGGUUCUUCACUGACGGGUCCUGCCGCCACCCGAGCCUUCCCCUGGUUUCCCAUGCAGGAUGGGCUGUGGUCAUGGACGUCACUGAGUCGGAAUCAGAGAUCCCGGGCGUACUUGCAGAAUGGCGCCGCACUGGUCAGACUCCCCCUGUUUUUCAGGUGGUGCUGCAGGGACUUGUCCCAGGCGUCCAAAGUAUAAAUCGGGCCGAAGAAUGCGCUGUGCUUCAGGCCGCUCGACUGUCCCAGCUGGACGGGCCGCGACCUACAGAAAUCUGGACUGACAGCGCUUUCGCCAUUGCAGAGUGGAGCCGCGUUGCAGAAGGUCAAGAUGGUCUCUGGCCUGACUUAGCCGAUGAGCUCCGCAAGGUCUACCAGCCCCACAUACGCCUCCAUAAAGUCGCGUCUCAUCAGAACAUAGACAAACUGUGGGGAAUGGAGCAAUGGCUGGCUGCCGGCAAUGCUGCUGCGGAUGAUGCUGCCAAAGCGGCUGUCCUGCGGGAUCUACCUGGAGUCAUCGACAUCACCGACAAAGCGGCCAGCUUCCUACGUGACCAAGCUGACCACCUCCGUCACUUCUGGACCUACCUGCUUCGACUCUCCGCUGAAGAGGCUAGGAACUUGAAGCAACAGCCUGUGGAGCAGAAUGCCUCGGAGCUCGCUGCUCCCUUGGUUGAGUCAGACACUGGCCCAGAAAGGUGGAACAGCCUCAACAAUGGUGUGCACGUCGCGUGGGAUGUCCCACCCUACCAACGGGAGUGGCUCCUGGCUUGUAGUUGGCCUCCCUGGUACACUACAGCGCUGUGGCAUUGGCUCCAGGGAUUGAAGUGGUCAACAUUGGUGCCAGAAGGCCGUGCCCCUCCGGGUGUCGCAUAUGUCGAGCUGCUCACUGACUUCGUCUUUACUACAGGUGUGUGUCCACCAGCAGGCAACCGAGGUGCAACUGAGCCGCUUCAAGGCGACUUCAGUUGCCCCUCGACGGUCCGACAACUGACACACAGCUUGGUGGAAGCAGUCCGCCAGCUUGAGAAACUCUCCGCACAGCCCUUGUGGCCGGAACGUAAGUCGAAAGUCUUUGCCUUGAGGGCCUUGGGCUACCAAACGCCCCGAAUUGGACUCAAGUUGCGACCCCUCUUUGAGCAUACCAAGGAG